GAGAUGAUAGCAACAUAUGGUUUACAAACAAAUAUGCUAAUUUAUUUGAUGACAUUUUAUAACAUGAGUGCUGCCACUGCUACUAGUAUUCUUGGACUAUGGGCUGCACUUUCAAAUGGAUUGGCUAUUGUUGGUGCAAUUGUUGCUGAUUCUUACUGCGGUCGGUUUAGAGCUGUUGCCUUUGGAUCCAUCUCAACUCUUAUUGUGAGUAAUUUGUCACAUUUUCACAAUUUCAACUAAUUGCUGAUAUUUUAAAUUUAUAUAAAGUUGAACAAAUAGACAUUUGAUCCCUUCUUCGACAGGGAAUGAUUGUUCUUUGGCUCACAACUAUGAUUCCACAACUCACGUCUGUAUCCUGCUCUCACUUCCAACAUGUUUGUAAUGGAACAACAACAAUCCAACUUGCUGUUCUGUUUUCGUCUUUUGGGUUUAUGUCAAUUGGAGCUGGUUUUGUUAGACCUUGUUCUAUAAUAUUUGGUGCUGAUCAAUUGGAAAAUAAAAAGAACCCCGACAACCAGAGGCGUAUUGCUAGCUAUUUCAACUGGUACUAUGUUAGCUCGGGAAUUUCAACUAUGCUUGCAGUUACUGUAAUUAUUUAUAUUCAAGAUCGUUAUGGUUGGCAAGUUGGCUUUGGUAUCCCUAUUAUCCUUAUGUUUUUGUCUGUCUUAAUGUUCCAAAUCGGUUCUCCUCUUUAUAUCAAAGUGAAAGCUAAAACUACGGAAAACUUGGUCAUAGGAUUGUUCCAAGCAGCUGUAGCAGCUUUUAGGAAAAGAAAUAAUACUCGUCUUCCAUUGACUGAUUGUGAUGAAUACUAUCGUUGGCCACUUGUAUCAGAGGUCUUGACUCCAUCAAUGGACUUCAGGUGGUUAAAUAGAGCUUGCAUGAUUGAAGAUCCUGAAAGAGAUUUGAAUCUUGAUGGAUCAGCUUCAAAUCCAUGGAAUCUCUCUAGUUUGGAACGAGUUGAAUCACUCAAGGCUCUUCUUAGAGUACUUCCUAUGUGGUCCACCGGUUUUAUGAUGUCUGUGGACAUGGGUGUAUUUUCAUUUUCCAUACUUCAAACAAAGACCAUGGAUAGACACAUGUUCCCUCACUUUGAAAUACCAGCAGCAUCAUUCACUAUGUUCUUGCUUAUCGCUUUAACAAUCUGGAUUAUUUUCUACGAUCGUAUUUUGGUCCCUUUGCUAUCAAAAUAUACUGGACAGCCAAGAGGGCUAAGUCCUGUGACCCGAAUGAGGAUUGGUUUAAUAGUCUCUUGUAUGUCUAUGGCAUUGUCAGCCAUAACAGAAAGAAUAAGACGACAAAAGGCAAUAGAGGAAGGGCAUAAGGACGACCCAAAUGCUUUAGUGAACAUGUCUGCUAUGUGGUUCGUGCCACAGUAUGCACUACUCGGAAUGGCUGAGGCUGCCCAUACAGUUGGACAGAUUGAGUUCUUCUACUCUCUACUACCCAAAAGCAUGUCCAGCUUCGCGUCAGCUAUGCACGCUGUUGGGAGUGCUGUAUCGAGUUUGAUUGGAAGUAUAAUGGUGAGUAGUGUGGACUGGCUUUCAUCAACUGGAGGUAAAACAAGCUGGCUUUCGAGCAACAUUAAUAAGGGUCACCUGGAUUACCAUUUCUGGAUGCUUACUUUUUUGAGUUUGCUAAACUUGUUAUAUUUUCUGGUCGUCUGCCGGUUUUAUGAAACUGGUAAUGAUGAGAUCAGUAGAUCACCUCACGUGGCCGAUGAGGAAGAAUGUGAUUAUAGACUCUUACCUGAAUCUUGAUUAUAUAUUGUACUGCAUUCUUGAAUAAAUGAGGCAACUAC